CCGACGUCGCCAAUGAUGUUUCUUCAUCGCCUUUUGCUCUUCUGUCUGCUCUCUGCUGUUUCGAUCGCAAUCCCGCAGAAAUUUAGGAGAAGCGAUCAUGAGCCACCUCUUGAAGACAAUCAGCCAGUGGACGGUGGUUGGUCAGAAUGGAAUCUAUGGUCAACGUGCUCGAAAUCGUGUGGAGCAGGUGGCAAAUUUCGCUCUAGGUCUUGUACAAAUCCCUCUCCAUCACAUGGGGGCAAAUACUGCCAGGGAUCGGGAAUAGACUUUGUCAGUUGCAAUGAACAUUCAUGUACAGCUCCAUUAGUUGUGAUUCAUGGCGGAUUUGGGAGCUGGACAAGUUGGUCAUCAUGCAGUGAAACGUGUGGAGGUGGAAAUACUCUUCGCACAAGGCUUUGUAACAACCCAACUCCUUCCAAUGAAGGAAGAUCAUGCGAAGGGAAGUUUAUAGACGUUGGCGUUUGCAACAACAUUUCUUGUUCAGUUGAUGGUGGUUGGACAAAUUGGACAGAUUUUUCACAAUGUACCAAGUCAUGUGGGUUUGGCUCUCAAAUACGGUCAAGAACAUGUACGAAUCCAGAGCCAAAGCACGACGGCAAACCUUGUUUUGGACCUAGAGAAGAAGCAAUAGAGUGCUUCAUUGUUGAUUGUCCAGUACAUGGUGAAUGGAGUCACUGGUCCAAUUGGACUAGUUGCACAUUGAGUUGUGGUGGAGGACUGCGAAAUCGUACUAGAGUAUGCAAUAAUCCAGUACCAGCCUAUGGUGGCAAUGACUGUUCGGGAUACAGCUGGCAGAAUGAAGCAUGUUCUGAACGUCCAUGCCCAGGUAAUUUUUAUAAUUGAAUUUUUUGCACAGAUGCAUGAGAAUUUUUUCC